AUGGUGUUUGCAGCACACGAUAAAGUCAAAAGGCGCAAACAACAACAAAAACAACGCUUCACUAUCCAGUUCACCAUCCUUAAAUACAACAGAAUAUUAGUGAAAUACUGCAAUGCAACUUUCUACUACAGAUAUGCAGCUUGCAAGGCAUGGAAGAAGCGGUGGUUUGUUCUUCGCAGUGGCCGUCUGACGGGCGACCCAGACGUAUUGGAGUACUACAAGAAUGACCAUGCCAAGAAGCCCAUUCGUGUGAUUGACCUCAACUUGUGUGAACAGGUGGAUGCUGGUCUGACCUUCAGCAAGAAAGAUUUGGAGAACAGCUACAUAUUUGACAUCAAGACCUUCGACCGCAUCUUUUACCUGGUGGCUGACACAGAAGACGAGAUGAAUAAGUGGGUUCGCCACAUCUGCGAUAUUUGUGGUUUUAACCCCACCGAUGAUGAUGCAGGAAAAGCUGCUCACCAGUCCACCGUGGGACUGGUGGUGGAAACCGCUCCACACCCAGCUCUGGGCAGCAUUGUUGGUUCAGGAGUGCUGUCCAGCGUGCCACCUCCUUACCAGCCAGUCAGUGUGCGACACCUGGACUCACAGUCCAGUUCAGAGGAGCCCCAGGAUUACCUGUGGCUUGCCAACUGUGAGAGCAAAAAGCCUGAACCCAACAGAGCCCAUGCUGAGUGCUCCAAGUCUACCUCUUCAGAGACAGACCUGAAUGACAACCUCCCGUCUCACCGCACGCCUACAUCCUCCACUUCCUCGGCUAAACACACCUCACACAAUGGCUUCUUCCCACAGCACUCGACUCCUGCGUCCGCCCCUUCCAUCUAUGACUCGCCUCCAUCACGUGGUGCCUCACUCUCAACUGACAGUGGCUUUUAUCAUCUUCCUCGCAGCUACUCCCAGGACACUGUGCUGCUCCCCAAGUCAGCCUCCUCUCCCCCGGCUCAUCCAGACAGCGGGGAUGCCUCUGAGCUUUAUGUGUUCAACACGCCGGCACGGAAACCUUCAGUGGAGACACAGAUGCGCAACCUUUCUAUCAGUUAUGACAUCCCUCCCACACCCGGUGCAAACUGUACCUACCAAGUGCCCCGCACAGUAUCAACGACAGGGGUGGGAGGCUCAGAAAGUGGGGGAGAUGUAGUGCCUCCUCCCAGACCGCCCAAACCUUCCCUCAGUUCCACCUCAGGACCCCCGCCACCUCCUGCAGAGCGCUCACCUACAGACACCUAUAGUGUGCCUCGAUCGGCCUCAGAGACAGAUGGAAACUACUGUGUGCCUACUAGUGCUGGGAGUAAGGCUUUACGCAGCAACACUAUUGGCACUGUGGACUGUUCACGCGUCCGCAAAGAUUUUGGAUCCCAGGACUGCUAUGACAUUCCGAGAUCACUCCCUUCUGACAAAAGCUGCUCGUUUGACUUCAAUGAAAGCUUCAACACCUAUUUUAAAAGCAAAGGAAUGAUGCCAGUGAGUAGCCAUUCUACAGAAGAGGUCGACCAAAACUACGUGCCUAUGAGUGCCAACUCGCCAUCACAUCAUCACUCAGGCAGUUUGCCAGAGCCGAUGCAUGAAACCAACUAUGUCCCCAUGACCCCAAGUACUAUGGAGUUUUCCUCCCUGGGAAAACAGGUUCCUCCACCUGCUCACAUGGGAUUCCGCUCAAGUCCAAAGACCCCUCCCCGCAGGCCGUUGCUCAGUGACUGCCAGCCCCCACCCGUGGACCGAAAUCUCAAGCCUGAUCGCAAAGGUCACAGUCCUAAAAUAAUAAGAGCAAAAGGUGUCGGUUUAGAGCGAACAGACUCUCAAACCGUAGGUGAAUUCCCAAGGGGACGACGCAAGGGAAAACCUGCUCCACUAGAGAUCAAACCAGUGCCAGAAUGGGAUGAGCCGUGCACACCUGUCCGCUCGCCUGUGACGCGGUCGUUUGCUCGAGAUCUCUCUAGGUUUCCAAUGCCAGCGAGACCCCCGUCAGUGCAUAGCACGGCCUCCAGCACUGACUCCGAGGACUCUACUGAACCGAAUUAUGUAGCCAUGAACCCUAAUAUGUCCACAGAUGAAGCAAUCACGAAGCUUGCUCCGCCCAUGAAUGCUGACGGUGGGAGUAGCCCUGUGGUCAAACCGAAGGGAGACAAACAGGUAGAAUACCUGGACUUGGAUCUCGAUUCCGGCAAGUCUACCCCACCUAGGAAGAUGAAAAGCAAUGGAACUGGCAUCACAGCAUCAGACGAGCGUGUUGACUACGUAGUUGUGGACCAGCAGCGGACACAGGCCCUUAAGAGCACCCGGGAAGCCUGGAGCGAUGGCCGCCAAUCCACAGAGACAGAUACCCCCUCUAAAGGACCCAAGUGACCCUGUUGUCCCAACAACCUAAACCACCAAACUGCCAGACCUUCCACACUAGUGCUGGUUCUGAUUUGUACUUUGGGACAAUCCAACUGUCCCAUUCCACCUUAACAAGAUCCCUAGUGUGUAAGAGCCAGUGGAGCGUCAUAGCCACUCAACUUUCUUUCGUUUACACUGCUGUUGGGCUUAAAGGAGUACUGUGUGUACAGUUGUAGAAAGGGGUGUGGGCCAGGAAUAAGCUGUAUGCAGUUUGAAAGCAUGUGGAAAGACUGUUUGCAGGAUUUGACCUGAGCAGACUCAUGAACUUUGAACAUUCACUGCCUUCUUUACAGAUUAGUUUUGUUGUUGUUGACCUUUCAGUGGCCUGUGGGCCGAUCCAGAGUUAACAUUUCCUUAAAUUGUAAUGCUAUUUGAUGUAGUUUUGGAGUGUAAGUGAAAUCACUUUAUAACACGAUUACAACAUUGUCAGCGCAACACUAAAAGUUAGCAUAGCAGGUUAACAGUGUUGAUUUUUUUUUUCCUUCUGCUGUUCGUACAGGCUGGAGUUACCGCCGACGCUGUUCACACCUCAGUUUUACAGUUUCUUCUUGAAGUUAUCAGGAAGAUGGCUUAAAUUAGUGGUUCUCAAAUUUUAUAGGUCAUGUCCCACUUCGCCCAUUUCACGGCCCAUGCGAAGCGCGGUCUGGGGGGGAGGGGUGUGUGUGUGUCCCCCUCAUUGCUGAAUCGGUGUUGGCGCCCCACCUGUCGCCCCACAGUUUGAGAAACACUGGCUUAAACUGACCCCCAGCUGUGUCCAAGACGAACUUCAAACCAGAAAGCCAGUACGACAGAAGUUUCAGAGUUGUAUUACUUUUUUUUUUUUUAAUUCCACUGCGCAGGCACUUGUACUAAAUUCAAGCUUCGGAUUCACUUGAGGUUUAAUCCACUGAACAUGAUUUGAUUUCCAUUUAUUUAGUAAGUGGAGAUGCUUCGAUCUGUUGUAAUGGAAGUGCAAAGACUGUAAAAUAGUGUUAUGUAUAUAAACAGGAAAAGUGUCCUUUAUUUGUAUGGAAUAUCCAGCAUGUUUGACUCUAAGGUAUAUGGAUUCUGCAGGGUAGAAUCCCGUACCUGACUUGAUGGUAUCAGCACUUGUGAUAAAUGAAUGAAUUACUGUGAGUUUUUAAAAGAACGUGACAGGUUUUCUAUAAGUUAUGCAAAGGUAUCAAAGAGAGAGAGAGAGAAAAAUCAGGUACUCUUUAUAAAUGCAUAUUAAUGCAACUUUCCAUUUCUAAUUUAUUUCUCCAGUUAUUGUAUCAGGUGGAUGUCUUGUCCAUUUUUAGCUCAGUAUUGAUUGAUAUGGAGGAACAUUUGCUAAAGUCUGUUAAAAUGCUUAGUUUGACAAGCAGUCAAUUAGUUUCAUAAGUUCAUUUCCUUCUUUCUCUUCCUCAUUUCUCUCUCCACUUAGGCUUAAUUUAUUUUAAAUUGAACUGGCAUACAGUUUUGGGAAAUUGACUGUCUCAUGCAGUCAACUUGAUGCAUAUUUUAGAGACGGAAAGUUUUCGUCUGCAUACAUCCAUGCUUUACUUGACCUGUCGGCUCUCCCGCAGAAAUCCCGAGCAUGUGCUGCCACGUGAUAAAAUCAUAGCUGUACAUAUUUUGCCAUCAGUUAGAUUAACAUGUAUCAUUUGAAAGACGUGCCUACUAAGUCAUCAUUCUACUUCACUCUUUCCUUAUUGCAGUUUCUUUGUGAAAUGGACUGCAGGGCUGAUGAUGCUUUAUCUUUUUUAAUGAUUCUCAACAGAAAUGUAAAUUUAAAAAGUGGACUAAAUAAAAAUCCAGCCUCA